AUGGAGUUAAAAAAGAGAAUAUAUACUAAUGAAGAUCUUGAAAAGUGGAUAGAUUCUCCAUCUUAUAACGAUCUUAUUAAGUUUGUUUGCCAAUUACAAGAUCUGGUAACUGGAUUACCAAAUUCAACGGAAGUACAUAUGUCACCAGAAGUAUCUAAAAUUCUUGAAGUCUUAGAACUGAUUGAGAAUGCGAUAACCAAUAACCCAGUGGUACACGAGAAGGAUAUUUCCAGAUUUGGGAAAGUUGAAUUCAGAGAUUUUUAUGAUCAAGUCGAGAAAGAUUUGCCACCAUUACUUGAACAAAAAUUUGAUACGAAGGGUAAGACAGAUGAACUUGUAGGGUACUUAUCAGAAUCCUUUGGGAAUAGGACAAGAAUCGAUUAUGGAUCUGGGCAUGAAGUGAAUUUUAUUUUGUUUCUCUUUUGUUUAGAGAAAUUGCAAAUCAUUACUGAAAACUCACCUGCACUUAUUCUCCAGGUAUUCAAAAAAUACAUAUCUAUUAUGAGACAUCUUCAAAAAACUUAUUGGUUAGAGCCAGCAGGAUCUCAUGGAGUAUGGGGGCUUGAUGAUUACCAUUUCUUACCAUUUCUCUUCGGGGCUUCACAACUUGCUACACAUCCUCAUAUGAGACCUAAACUGAUUCAUAAUGAAGAAUUGGUUGAACAAUUCUACAAGGACUACAUGUAUUUGGAAUGUAUUCAUUUUAUUAAUUCUAUUAAAACUUCUACAAAGGAAGGUGAGAAAUUGAGUUUAAGAUGGCAUUCUCCAAUGUUGGAUGAUAUCCUGUCUGCGAAGUCAUGGAUGAAGAUUAAAGAAGGUAUGGUUAAGAUGUUCAAGGCUGAAGUCUUGGGGAAAUUACCUAUUGUACAACACAUAAAGUUCGGUUCAUUAUUUGAAUGCCCAGAGGGGAUUUCAGAUCAUACAGAAUCGGUUGAUGACCACGACUCUUGUGGACAUGUCCAUGAAACGGUCAACACUUGGGGAGAUUGUUGUGGGAUCAAAGUUCCUAGUGCAUUUGCUGCUUCUGAAAUGACAAAGAUCCAGAAACAUAUCCCAUUUGAUUAG